AUGCACAAGCGGGCUAAAGAGAGAAUGGUGUUGACCCGAGGUGGUAUAAGGAAGCUGAGCGCCGAGCUACAGGACGAGCUGUUAAAAAGCGAGUUCUUCUUACCACUUCUCCUGCAUGGCAGGUUCGUGUGUGAACUCACCCACGACGACGACGUCCUGGUCAGGUUCAAAGAGGACCACCCCGUCAAGUCGACCCAGGUGGGAGGAUUCCAAGGACUCUUCUCGGUCAUUGCCAGUAAGGGUCUCAUCACAACCCAGGCUGUUGAGAUAAUGCAACGGAUAUUCAAGCAAGUCUCGAGGGAACCGCAGUUCGUUCGGAGCGGCAGGCAACGCGAGGGAGGCGGCGAGGACGAGGAAAACGGCAGCAGCUCGCAGCCGCCUCGACCCGUCAAUCAAGUGUUCAAUGAAAUGAGUCGAGUCCUCGGCAUUACUGACGAAGUCCGACCGCAAUCACUGCAUCACAGGCUCUUCCUUGCCUUGCUAAUCUACAUCUUCAAUUUCCACAAUCAGACACAACUGCUGCCUCCGGCAAAGCCACCAUUUUCUUCACCGUCGUCGUCAUCGUCUUCGUCAUCGUCAUUGUCAUGUCCUUCCUCUUCAUCCUGCAGCACAACGAACACCAAGCUCCGCCAUCCCUAUCUAGAGAUCCUAUCGAACGUGGCGCUCGAGCUAUCCCAGCCCAGCAAUCCAACCGAUCCCAACUCAGUCACUGAGCGCGAAGUAACGUUGUGGACCAUGGUGGCGAUCGGGGCGGCGUCGAGCUUCAGCCCGUGGCGCCUCGAGAUCCCGUUCAUGGGGCAUUUGAUCGAGUGGAUGGAGAAGGACCACGAGGAUGGUGAUGGAGGAGAAGGAGAGAAGAAGAACCUGGAGAAACUCACGGCGUGUCUGAGAGGGUAUUACCUCUACGGUGCAGACAAGCAGACACUGCGAAGUUUACAGAAAUGGAAGACGCCUGACGCGUCGCGGGAGUCGCCACGACCGCCACGGCCAGCUCCACAUCAUUCACGAGCGUGA